AUUUGGAUGAUGUCAUAAGUGAUACUCGUGAACCGCGAUAAAACUGAAUAAGUUAUAGAUUAACUGUUCAAACAUUACUCGAGCAUUCGGCGUAACUUCAUUCACUAUCGGUUAGGGCUGGAAAGUGGAACCUGGAAAACGCGUUUUUGGCUACGCUCCCUAGAAGACCCUGAUCACUUUUCAAGUUCAAUAAACGCAAGAUUUAUAUUACUUUGAGCGUGUUUUAAGUUCUUAUUCUAUUUGAAAUUAACAAGACUUAAAAUGGCAGAAGCUAAGGCUGAUAUUGCUUUGAUUGGGUUGGCUGUCAUGGGCCAAAACCUUAUUCUAAACAUGGAUUCAAAAGGUUUUGUUGUUUGUGCCUUCAACAGAACUGUAGAAAAGGUUGAUCAAUUCCUUGCAAAUGAAGCUAAAGGCACAAAGAUUAUUGGCGCAAAAUCCUUAGAAGACAUGGUGGCAAAACUGAAGAAACCUAGAAAAGUAAUGUUACUUGUCAAAGCCGGUUUCGCAGUAGAUGAGUUUGUGAAGAAACUGUUGCCUCUUCUUGAAAAGGGGGACAUCAUUAUUGACGGUGGCAACUCACAAUACAUGGACACACAGAGAUGGUGCAAGGAACUGGCCCCAACUGGCGUUCACUACAUUGGCAUGGGUGUGAGUGGAGGUGAGGACGGAGCUCGCUACGGACCUUCUCUUAUGCCCGGAGGUCAUCCAGCAGCUUGGCCACAUGUUAAGCCAAUCUUCCAGGCUAUAUGUGCUAAGGCUAACAACGAGCCAUGCUGUGACUGGGUCGGUGAGGACGGAGCAGGACACUUUGUCAAGAUGGUACACAAUGGCAUCGAGUAUGGUGACAUGCAGCUAAUCUGUGAAGUGUAUCACCUGAUGAAGGAUGUUCUUAGUAUGGAUCAAAGUGAAAUGGCACAAGUAUUUGACGAAUGGAAUAAGGGCGAAUUGGACUCAUUCCUGAUUGAAAUCACUCGCGAUAUCUUGAAAUAUAAGGACACUGACGGCAACUUCUUGCUGCCCAAGAUCCGUGACGCCGCUGGUCAGAAAGGUACAGGCAAGUGGACUGGCAUCAGUGCACUGGAAUACGGCGUGCCAGUCACUCUAAUUGGCGAGGCUGUCUUCGCCCGUUGUCUGUCUGCGUUGAAGGAUGAGAGAGAACUCGCCAGCAAAACUCUCCCCGGCCCUUCUACGAAGUUCUCCGGCAACAAGAAAGAGUUUCUGGAACACUUACGAAAGGCUCUCUAUGCCAGUAAAGUUAUCUCCUAUGCACAAGGCUUCAUGCUGCUCAGGGAAGCUGCUAAGGUGAACAAGUGGAACUUGAACUACGGUAGCAUAGCUCUGAUGUGGCGCGGCGGCUGCAUCAUCAGAAGUGUUUUCCUCGGUAACAUCAAGGACGCGUUCACAAAGAACCCCAAUCUCACCAACCUGCUGCUGGACCCGUACUUCAGCGCGCAGCUGAGCGCGGCUCAGCAGUCGUUGCGGCAGGCGGUGGCUCAGGCGGCGCUGUGCGGGACCCCGGCGCCUGCACUGGCUGCGGCGCUCGCGUUCUACGACGGAUACCGCGCCGCUCACCUGCCCGCUAAUCUGCUACAGGCCCAGAGAGACUAUUUCGGUGCUCACACAUACGAGCUGUUGACGAAACCCGGGGACUUCAUCCACACUAACUGGACCGGACACGGCGGCAACGUCUCUGCAUCCACGUACAACAAGUGAACUG